CUGACCGCAUCAUCUUGGCUGAGCUAGCUUCAACUCUUUUCUUACGCUGCUACUUCAGCACUUCUCUUGGUAUUGAGACUCCUCACCAAUUGAACUGAAAAUGUCGACCGCUGUCAGCGGUGAUGCGACGGCUUCCGCGCUUGUUUCACCGUGUGUCAUCAACGCCAGGAGUGUCGGUUUCGAAAGCCAAAUCAACGUUCCUCCGACGCAGCGGCUCCGCUCGUUCUGGAAACCAAUCGGCAUAAGCUACUGCCAAUCAUCGUCCGACGAAUGCCCUCAAUCGCGCAAACUUCCUCCGCCGAAUUUGCCGCCGCGUCUCACGCUGAACAGCAGCGAUGGCUCCAGCGACUCGUCGUCGGCGCGGCCGGCUGAGCCUCUUCGACUGCCGGCCUCUGUCGCUUUGCAACACGCGCCGAGUGGCGAAACGGCGCCGCAUUCCGCCGCGGCUCGGUCGAUUGCGCCACAAUUGACGGCGCACGAUCAGGGAGCGACAGUUCGGGCGAUUGAUGAUGUGGAGCUCUGGCACGCGUGCGCUGGGCCCCUCGUAACGCUCCCAGCCGUCGGAUCUGUCGUCGUUUAUUUCCCACAAGGCCACGUGGAGCAGCAAGAACGACUGGCUGAGGCUAGAAGUGCCUCCUGCGGCUCGCACGACGACGCGCAGCGGCAGAAUGACACGCUACAGGCUUCGAACAACGCGGCGGCAACCACGGGCGUAUCGGGAACACCAGCAAUGCGUCGAGUCAACAGUGGCUCCUCGAGCGGCAGCGGCUGCGCUGCGUGGGACGCCCGCAACCAGAGAUCUGGUGAUGGUGGUGCUGGGGACGCUACAACAGCCGUGCUGCCCCCGAGCCACAUGUUCUGCCGGCUGGAGUCAGUGGCGCUACAGGUAGACGUGGAGACGCACGAGCUGCUCGCCACCAUGCAGCUACAGCCCAUCCCCGAGGCGGAGGCAGCAGCGGAGCAGGCGCGGCGGGCAGCGGGACAAGGCGCACCUGUGAGCGGCAGGCGGCACGUGUAUGUGCGGUCGGAGCAGGAGCGCGUGAGCUGCAAGCGGCUGUCCACGAGCGACACGUCCACCCAUGGCGGCUUCUCCAUCCCCCGCAAGGCCGCUGAGGCCUGCCUGCCGCAGCUGGACAUGACGCAGUCGGUGCCGUCGCAGCGCAUCAUGGCGGUGGACGUGCUGGGCAACCAGUGGCUCUUCCGCCACGUGUACCGCGGCACGCCCAAGCGCCACCUGCUCACUACCGGCUGGAGCGCCCUCUCCGCCACCUGGGGGCUCGCUGCAGGCGACCGCAUCGUCUUCCUCAGGAACCGCCAAGGUGUGCUCAAGGUGGCGGUGCGGCGCAGCGAAGCGUCCAUGGCGGCGCUUCUGGCGCAGCGACAUGCUCAGAGGCAAGCACAAGCGCACGCCCUGCAGCCUACCGUGCAGGCGGCGUCCUCCGAUGCCCCUUCAGCGUGCCCUGACGUACUCUCUGCGGAUGCUGUGCUGGGCGCCGCUGCUCGCAGCUACAGCCACAGGACACCCCUCUCUGUCACCUUCCACCCAUGGGCAUCCGCCUCAUCGCCCUUCGUCAUCCCUUUGCCUGACUUCACGCGCGGGCUGCACCUCAAGGCGUCGCUGCAUCCGGGCAGCGAGGUGCGCCUCACUCUCGAGACCGACGACCUCGCCACGCGCCGCCUGCGCGGCUCCGUCGUCUCGCUGCACCAAUCACCCACUGCCACGUGGCCCUCCUCGCCCUGGUGCUCAAUCAAGGUCAAGUGGGGCGACCCCGACUCGUCCUUCCCCAAGCCCACGCACCUCUCCCCCUGGCUGCUCGACGACGCCCUCUCGCCCACCCCGCCCUCGCUGCUCUACGCGCCCACCGCUUUCGCCUCCGCUCCCCCAUCCACCACCUUUGCUGCCGGUGCCAUGUUCCCCCCGCACUCGCCUCCCCGCGCCCCCUCCCUCUCCCUGCCGCCUCCUCACUGCGCUGCUGCUGUGGCCCAGCCAUCUCGUGCUGGGAGUCAUGGGCAGUGGGCUCAAGGGAAUCAGUCCCAGUGGUCGCAGCACCACCAGACUCAUCAUCAUCAUCAGCAGCAGCAGCAGCAGCAGCAGCAGCAGCAGCAGCAGCAGCAGCAGCAGCAACUCUCCUUGUCAGCUCCUCCACCUGCUGCUGCUCCUUCGCCUGCCCAUGUGCCCACGCCAUGCUCUGCUGCUACCCUUGCUGGUCCCCGUGCUGCAGGGCAGCACCACAGCGAGUGCUGGGAGGCGACGCCCCUUCACCCCUCUGCUGCCCUCGCCCCCUCCCUUGGCCCUCUCACCGCCUUCCAACCUCACUCCUCCCUCCCUCCCGGGCCCCUGUUUUCCGAACCUGACCUCGCCGAACCUGAGGAGAUGGUUUGGUCGCGAGUGGAGCCUGCGAUGGAGCACAGCAGAUCUCUGGAGUCCGCUACAACUGCUAAUACCAUCGGUGUUACAGCUGUUGCGGGCAGUGCUGCUGCGUUUGGCGCUUGGGCGGCCAUCCCUCGAACCUUCACUGCUCCUGGUGGCUUCACUGCUGCUGCUGAUGAUACUGCCGGUGCUCCUGCUGCUCCUGCUGCAGCUGCUGCAAGGCUGGGAGGACUUGUGGGGGGGGAUGGCGCAUUGCAGCUGGGACUCUCCCUCUCGCUCUCCUCCACGGUCUCGCCUCUCUCCUUCCACUCCCCGUGUCACAAGCGGCGCCGCGUGUCGGGCCUGGCCAUGCCGCUGCUGCGCCACGCCUGCCACUCCGAGUCCGACGUGCGCCACCAGCUGGAGGCUGAAAGGGACCACGGCAUGCAUCUCAUCCGCUCACCUGCUGCUACCGCUGCUGCUGUGGGAGCAGGUGGUGGGGCUGGCAGCCUCUUCACGCUGCCCUCCUCUCCCAGCUCUGCCAGUGGUGGCAGCGGUGGCAGUGGCGGCAGCCCCAGGCGCAGCAGCCACGACAUGGGGCGCGCUGCCAUGGAGGAGAGGGCGACUCGUGCUGACCAGCAUGCAGCAGCACCUGGGCAGGUCGCUGAGCAGCAGGCAGCGUCCCCGUCCAAGUGCCGGGCAUCGCCGUGCCGGCUGUCGCCGUCACCAUCCAGGGCCGCGCACCAGAGGCGCAUCAAGCUUCGAGUGGAGGGCAGCCCGGUGGGGCGUACGGUGGAUCUGAGUGGGCUGGGCGGCUUCCAAUCGCUGUACGCCAUGUGUGCAGCCAUGCUGCAGCUGCCCCUGCAGCAGCCGGGGCAGCCCACAUCGCCCUCAGCGCCCUCAGCACCUGGUUCGAGUCCCUCAGCCUCCAGUGCGUGGCAGCUGACCUACACCGACUCUGACGGAGACACCCUCCUCGUGGGGGACGGGCCCUGGAGUGUAUUUCUGGAGCACGUUCGAGCACUCACUGCCAUGAAGGUUCCAGUGUGACCACUCCCAAGGGAGACGCUAGCAUCACUGGAAUGGCGAGGAAACAGGGAGUCUCUUGCACGUUUUUCUUCGGGGCAAUCUCGACAAUACAAAGAAGCAUCAACACAAUACCUUGUUGCAUUGGGUUUCUUAUGUGUAGGCAUGUUUGAUCAAUCUUUCAUCGAUUGGUUCGUUUGCCGUGAUUUAAUAUGUGAUUUUGUUCUCUGUACUUAGCUUUUAUCGAAUGUGUUGGAAAUACCUCGAGGAC